AUGGAAAAACAUUGCUAUAAACAAAGUAACAAUGAAGGCGCCAACAAACCAAAGCGUGUGAGAACAGCAUUCACUAGCAAACAAAUGGCGGAACUAGAACAAGAAUACACUAGCACAAAAUACCUAGACCGGGCACGUCGCUUGGAGCUAGUGGAAAUUUUACAACUCAACGAGAGGACUAUAAAAAUAUGGUUCCAGAAUAGAAAUAUGAAAGAAAAAGAGAUUUUGACGGAUCACUUAGAAGUUAAACUUGAACGUGAACUUAACUCCGCCAUUGCAGAUCCCAAGCCCGGAUGCAAAAGGAGGAGGACUUCAUCUUACAAUCAUCAGGAACAGUCUAAUCUAAGCUCUGCGAUGCCGGUAAGCCCCGUACUCAAUAAUACAGAAGCACAACACGAGAAGAACAACGCAAAUGGCGCAAAUGAUUUUAUAUUUCAUGAUGUACAUGUCCAUGAUGUCAGCAACACGAAUAAUGCAAAUGGGUUAUCAGCCAAAACUAACAAUAGAGAUGCCAAAAAACCAAAGCGUGUGAGAACAGCAUUUACUAGCAAACAAAUGGCAGAACUAGAGCAAGAAUACACUCGCAUAGAAUACCUAGACCGGGCACGUUGCUUGGAGCUGGCGGAAAUCUUACAGCUCAACGAGAGGACUAUAAAAGUAUGGUUUCAGAAUAAAAGAAUGAAAGAGAAAGAGAUGACGGAGCACUUAGAAGAGUCUGAAGAAACCAGCACAACUGCUUCUUCGCCAGAUAUAAGUCCACUUCCAGUAUACCACAAUAAUACAUGCAAUGUCCUAAUGGUUACUGAACGAAACUAA